AAAGAAGCCAUUUUUCACCAUCAUCGCUCUGGUGCGGAUGGCGAGCAAGCCGUGACCCUAGUUUCGAUCUCGUGAAAAUUUAGAAAACUGCGAUGAAAAUGUCCAAUUUGGUGUGAAAAUUCAGUGCACAGUGCUGAGGAAAAUGUCGCAGUAGUGAUUGGAUCGUGCAAUUAGUGCCGAGUGGUUCCGAUUUCCUCCGUUUUUCACCGUUUCCGUCUCGGGUGGUGAUGUUGAAAAUUUCCUAGGUUUUUUUUCCCUUGCCUACUUGGAUCGGUUUCGGUACGGGGAGUGCUAGUGCUGCCGCUGACUGGAACAAAAGUCUUUUUUCGGGGCCCCCUCAUCGUCAUCAUCAACGACGGAACAGGCAGAUAGAGGUGGCUACGACCGGUGUAAAGAGGUGCACCAAAGAAAAGGCGGACAAAGUCAGUCGGAAGUAAGGGAAAAAAUUAGAUCGAUAUUUUUCCUCCGUCGUCAUCGCGGUUGGGUUAUCGCGGGGAGGACAAUUUGUCGGUCGGGAGCUAGGCGGUGUGACCGUGUCCAUCGUCGUCGCGGAUUGCUAGUCCCGUUCGCUGGAAAGUGAGCGGUGAAAACGAAGAAAAAGUGCAAUUUUCGGUUCGACGGACGGCACAUGUGUCGUGUGUGUGUGGAGGAAAAAAAACCAUAUAGUCGUCCACUGUAUCGCAACGCAACAACACAGUGCCAGUGCAGUCUAGUCGGGAAAAUAAAUCUGCCGUUUUCGGUUGUCCACGGCUCCCUGGUGCCGCCGCCGACGUGGAUUGUUGAAAGUCGAUUUUAGUUCGUGCGAUCCAACACAGCUACGGAAGUGUUACAUUUAGCGAAUACGGUGAAAAAGUGCUUUAUCCAAAACGCGGUGAAGAAAACAGACGGAAGGAAGUGUUGCUCUUCUAGAAAACGGGGCUCCACCAGCUAACCAACGCAAACACGACAACCAGGCACAAAACGAAGUAGAAAGACAACGGCCUGCCCGCUGAGACGGAACGACCGACGACGUCGACCGUCUUGCUGCUCCUCGAGAGUGCGAGCGACCCCGCUCCAUCGCGGCGCAGUCAGCGUUUGUGGUGCUGCGGAGUGCCAGUUAGUGAGUGUUGUGUUUUGUGAUUCGGCAAGCUGAGGAGAGUGAGUGAGAGAACGGCCGAAUAAUAGAAUAAAGAAAAAUGUCGGGCGAUCGGGAAAUUCCAGCUGAGGAUAGCAUCAAGGUGGUGUGCCGUUUCCGGCCGCUCAAUGACAGCGAGGAACGGGCCGGAUCGAAGUUCAUCGUUAAGUUUCCCUCCGGUCCAGAGGAAAACUGUCUUUCGAUAGGGGGCAAAGUAUACCUCUUCGACAAAGUCUUCAAACCGAACGCCACACAGGAAAAGGUCUACAAUGAGGCGGCCAAGUCGAUCGUCAGCGACGUGCUGGCCGGGUACAACGGGACGAUCUUCGCCUACGGUCAGACUUCGUCCGGCAAGACGCACACAAUGGAGGGCGUGAUCGGCGACCCCGGCAAGCAGGGUAUCAUUCCACGUAUCGUCAACGACAUCUUCAACCACAUCUACAGCAUGGAGGUGAAUCUUGAGUUCCACAUCAAAGUGUCCUACUACGAAAUCUACAUGGACAAAAUUCGGGACCUGCUGGACGUGUCCAAGGUGAACCUGAGCGUACACGAGGACAAAAACCGAGUGCCGUACGUCAAAGGCGCCACGGAACGGUUCGUGUCCAGUCCGGAGGAUGUGUUCGAAGUCAUCGAAGAGGGUAAAUCCAACCGGCACAUAGCCGUGACGAACAUGAACGAACACUCGUCCCGAUCGCACUCGGUGUUCCUCAUCAACGUCAAACAGGAAAAUCUCGAAAAUCAAAAGAAACUUUCCGGCAAGCUGUACUUGGUGGAUUUGGCUGGUUCCGAGAAGGUCUCGAAAACCGGCGCCGAGGGUACGGUGCUAGACGAGGCGAAAAACAUCAACAAAUCGCUCUCGGCCCUAGGUAAUGUGAUAUCGGCGCUGGCCGACGGCAACAAAACUCACAUCCCGUAUCGUGACUCGAAGCUGACGCGAAUUCUGCAGGAAUCGCUCGGUGGUAAUGCACGCACCACCAUCGUCAUCUGCUGUUCCCCGGCCAGCUUCAACGAGGCGGAAACCAAAUCGACGCUGGACUUCGGACGAAGAGCCAAGACCGUUAAGAACGUGGUCUGCGUGAACGAGGAACUGACGGCCGAAGAAUGGAAACGACGGUACGAGCGGGAAAAGGAAAAGAAUGGCCGACUGAAAGGUAAGGUGGAGAAAUUGGAAGCGGAACUGGCGAGAUGGCGGGCAGGCGAAACAGUUAACGUGGACGAACAGCUUGAUCUGCAGGACGUUAUGGAAGCCAGCACACCAAACGUGGAAGUCCUGUUAGAAAAACCUCCCGAUCUUCCGGUUCCUGCUACCCCAAGCGGCCUAGCAAUGGUGGGCUCGAUCACGGCGGACGAGCGAACAGCCCUGGAACAGGAACGAGAACGUCUCUACCAGCAGCUGGAUGACAAGGAUGAGGAAAUCAACCAGCAGUCACAGUACGUUGAGAAGCUGAAGGAGCAAAUCAUGGACCAGGAAGAGUUGAUCGCCAACACCCGAAGGGAUUACGAGAACCUACAGGCAGAAAUGACCCGCAUCCAGCAGGAAAACGAAAGCGCAAAGGAAGAAGUUAAGGAAGUUCUCCAGGCCCUCGAAGAACUGGCUGUGAACUACGAUCAAAAAUCGCAGGAAAUCGAAUCCAAAAAUAAGGAAAUCGAUUCGGUCAACGACGAACUACUGCAGAAGCAGACCUCGCUAAACAGCGCCCAGUCGGAGCUGCAGCAACUGAAGGACAUGUCUGCGCACCAAAAGAAGCGAAUCAACGAGAUGUUGAGCAAUUUGUUGCGAGAUCUCUCGGAAGUCGGACAAGCGUUGGCAGCCGAUCAGAAUGAAAUGAAGCUUAACGUGGAGGCAUCUGCUGGAAAACUAGAGGAAGAAUUCACCGUAGCCCGGUUAUACAUCAGCAAGAUGAAAUCCGAAGCGAAGAACGUUUCGCAACGGUGUUCCAAUCUGGAGAACCUCCAGCAGGAAGCCAACAAGAAGGUGGGUGACUACGAGAAGGAUUUGAGCGAGUGCCGACUGCUGAUCUCGCAACACGAGGCUCGCAUGAAGUCACUUCAGGAGUCGAUGCGGGAGGCGGAGAACAAGAAGCGAACGCUGGAGGAAAACGUGGACGCCCUGCGGGAAGAAUGCGCCAAGCUUAAGGCCGCCGAGCAGGUGUCGGCAGUGAAUGCCGAGGAGAAACAGAAGGCUGACCAGCUGAAGGCUGCAUUCGAGAACCAGAUGGACCAACUGCGGGAUGCCCACACGAAACAGGUGGCGACACUUCGUGAUGAGAUUUCCGAGAAGCAGGAAUUCAUCAACGAACUGAAGGACACCAACCAGAAGCUAUCGCUUGCCCACCAGCAGAUGACGGCCGACUACGAGAAGCUGCGACAGGAGGAAGCCGAGAAGUCCGCCAAACUGCAGGAACUAAUGCUUACAAACGAGCGACGAGAGCAGGCUCGUAAGGAUCUCAAGGGACUGGAAGACACCGUCGCCAAGGAGCUACACACGCUGCAUGCCCUGCGGAAGCUCUUUGUACAGGAUCUUCAGUCCCGCAUCAAGAAGUCCAUCAACUCGGAGGAAACCGAGGAUGACGGUGGCUCGCUCGCCCAGAAGCAGAAGAUCUCCUUCCUCGAGAACAACCUGGAACAGCUGACCAAGGUGCACAAGCAGCUGGUGCGGGACAAUGCGGACUUGCGGUGCGAGCUGCCGAAAUUGGAGAAGCGGCUGCGGACGACGAUGGAGCGGGUGAAGGCGUUGGAGACGGCCCUGAAGGAGGCCAAGGAGGGUGCAAUGCGUGACCGCAAGCGCUACCAGUACGAGGUGGACCGCAUCAAGGAAGCCGUGCGCCAGAAGAAUCUGGCCCGGCGGGGACCGCAGGCGCAAAUCGCAAAACCGAUUCGUGCCGGACAGGGACACAUCAUGUUCAAGACGGUUACCUCCGGCGGUUCACCGGUGACACCGAAAGCGGUGACGGACGAGAAGAGGAAAUCCAUUGUGAAAGAAUCCGACAGUUGAAUCGACUAAGCGCAACACCAGCAUGCGCGGCUUAGCAAACGAACGCAAUUCUCAAAGAGAAAACAAGAAACUGCUACCGUUUAAGCGCUAAAUUUUCCACGCUGCAAUUAUUAAUAUAAAUUCUACAUAUGGAUAUGUAACUACAACUACUACUACUACUAAAAUUACGGCAACACAGCUAGUGACGUGAACCUUCUCCCGCCCUUUACAAUGCUAGGUGUAAAAGACGGUGGUGGAGGAGGCGAAAGGAAGACGAUGAGGUACUAUUCUCUUAUUUCAGCGAAGCAAAAUUGUGCAUCAAAAAUUUUACCACUAUAGAGGCAACAAAAUUUAUUAGGAUAACCAAUGAUGAACAUCAAAACUAUUUUUUUGUCCUAGAUGUUAAGCACCAAAUAUUGUAACGAAUAAAAUCCAAUUUAGAAAGAAUGACUCAACCAGA